AUGAGUUCAUAAGAUUUAGAUAAUGAAGAUGAAAUAUAAUAUGUAAAAUAAAGCGUAAUAAUGGGAGAAUUCUUGAAAAUAAUUGAUUUGGAAUAAAGUACAAUAAAUGAACUUACUUUUUUUGAAGAUAUUUUAGCCUGUAGAACUCAAACAUAGAUUACUAUCAUUGAAAGAAACACCUUAAACAUUAGAGGAUCUAUAUAAAGCUAGGGAUCAGCAGUCAUAUAACAGAUGUAUUUCCUAGAAGAAUUUUAUCAUUUAGUAAUCUCAACUGAUAAUGUUUAAUACGGGUAAGUUUUUUCCUAUGAUCUGAAAUCGUUAGCUUUAUACUCUAUAUAUACUAACUCUUACCUAUUGAAUCAAAAGUCUUAAGUUGUUUAAAUUUCAUUUGAUAAAGAAUAGAGUUUCUUAUUAUCUUUAGACCUUACAGGUAAUUUUUAGUGUGUAUACUAUCAAUAGUAGGUUCAGCUUUUAAAUAUGUUAAAAAUAAUAGAAUUAACUCCUUAAUCAAAAGCUCAAGGGAAAGGUUUUAGUUUAGAUUUUAGAACUAAUAAUCUCUUUAUUUACACAUAAUACACAGUGUACUAAGUAAGCUAUGGAGAUCUUGGUAAUAGAUUGAUAAGAAUAAAAACACGGAACAGUAAUAUAUAUACCCAACUACAAGGACAAAAUUAGAGUUUGCUUUUAAAUGGUGCAAUUUUAAUUGCUGGCGAAUAAGGAAUUCUUUACAAAUAUGUAAAUAAUUAACUUAAAUAUUUUUACCAUUUCAAAGAAAAUAUAACAUAAAUAUAUUACUCCUCUAAAAAGAAUUACCUUUUGGUUGGUCUAACAACUAGUAUUGCUUAUUUUAAAAAAAUAUCUUAUUAAUCUAUUUUCAAUCAAUCUGGCUGGAAUCUAAAUUAUACCUAGCAAUACUUGGACAAUAAUACAUUUGUAAAAUUUUAUAAUGAAAAUUUAUUGCUAACUAUUGAUAACUAGAUUUGGCAUUUUGAUUUUGAAAAUUAAAAAGUUAUAUUUAAGUUCAAACUAAAAAAUUUGAAUGAUAGAAUAACAUUUGAUUUAUAUUCAUCAUCACAAAAUAUUUUAUAUCUAGCUAUAAGUAAUGGUGAUUUUAUUAUAUAUGAUGCAACAGCAAUUCUCAUCGAGACAAUUAAUUUUCAAGCUAAAUUUUAAUAAUCCAAAAAUAUAUUUUCGCCUAUAGUUCAAAUCGUAGAAACUUAGUCUAGCAUAUGGGUUAGCUAUCUGACUUAAUAUGGUGUUUAUUAAUUAUCAAAGUCAAGCAAAGAUAUUAAGAUGAUAUUAGAUUUCUCUUAAAUUUAGACAUUUUAAUUUUAAUAGGAUGUUAAUGUUGAUAUUUUUGGAGUAGAUGAUACAUAUUAAAGGUUUUUCUUAAAUUUUGCUACUGAGUAGAUUGUCAGAGUUUAUAACUAUAAAUAAGAUAUCUUACAGAUGGAUUACUUAAUUUUAUCUAAGAAGUAGCACAGCUAGCUUUUGAUUACAGCAAAUAUGAUAAUUUUUUAUUCUAGCUCUACCAUAAUAAUAAGAGAUAGGAGUUCUUUAGCAUAUUUACAAACUAUAAGGAGAGCUAAUAUUUACAAUUUUAUUAAACAUUUAAUUGUAUUAGAAGACACUUAUUUCUUGAUUACCUAUGAAUCUAAAUAUGAAUUAAUAUCUCUAAAUAGUGAUUAUUCCUUAUAGUAUAUAGAUUAGUAACAAAUGGCAGAUCCUCUUUUGAUGAACUACUAAAUUAUUUAAGAUUAAUAUUCUUCUACAAAUAAAAUUCUGCAAGUGAUAUUAUUAUCUUUGGAUAAAGUAUAAGAAUUUUAAUACAAUUUAAGUUAUGAGGUAUCUCAAGAUUAAAAUAAAUAGUGCGGAGUAAGCAUGAAUGUAACAUCCUAUUUAGAUAUGCUUUAAAAAAUAUAGAAUGUAAAACCUUUUAUUUCUUUUGAUCCUACAUUUUAAUCGGCUUCUGUGAGUAAUAUAGUUAAAUAAAGAAAUUAAUACAUGGUAAUCCUUUAGGAUUCUAAUUUAAACACAAUUAGUUAUCAAGGCACACAAGAUAAUUCAUUGGUUAUCUCAUCGGAUAUAAAUAUCUCAAACAGUAAUUUUAUCAAUAAUAUUUCAGAAGACGGAGGUUCUUUACAGCUGAUUAGCUGCUAAAGUCUAAUAAACAUUUAAAACACUACUUUUGUAAAAAAUUAAGCACUAGCAAGCGGAGGUGCCAUUUACAUUGAGGAAUUUUAUGGAGAUAUUUAUUUUGACAAAAAAGUAGAAAUUACAAGUAACAAAGCACUGAUUGGAGGAGGAAUGAGAUUAAAGAAUUAAUUUUAUAAUAACGAAGAUUAGUUUUGGUUAAAAUAUAGAUUAUAAUUUCAUUAAAAUUGUGCUAGUCUAUACGGGAACAAUUUCGCAACAUAUUUGACAGAGAUAAAAAUACAAAAUAACUCUUAGUAAAGCUAAUUUGACACAGAUAUUAACUAUAAACCUCCUGAUUUUAGAUUUAUAGAAUAAAAUUAAAUGAAUGAGACAGAAAAAAAAUAGUGGGAAUCUAUUGCAUAAUUUAGUAAUUUUAAAAGUGGUUCUUAUUUGAUGAUGAAUUUACAAAUUUUUGAUAUUGAGGGGAGUGUAUUUAAAUUUUCGAUUAAAAAUUUAACACAAAACAUGUAUCCGUCGUCAAUAAUUGAGGAAAUAAAAAACAUUUACUUUAAAAUAGAAGAUAAUAACUAAACCAAUAUAAAUAUAAAUGGAUAAAAUAUAGUAACUUAUGAACAAUUUGUUGAAGGAUAGUCAUUAUUUUCAUUCAGCCAAGUCACUAUUUCUUCUAUACCAACAUAAUAAAAAUAUUUGUAGAUAUCAUACUCUAUCUCAUUAUAAGACAACCCAGAUAUUAAGCCGAUUUUAUUACUGCUAAAUUUCAGAGCUUGUAAAGUGGGCGAAGUACUAAAAUAAGCGGAUUCUAAUUCAUAUAAUUGUGAGUAAUGUUAACUAGGAUACUAUUCAUUAGAAGAUCCAACAAGUGAUUAACUUUGGAAUUAAGUAACUCUAUAGGAGAAAAUUGUUAAUAACACUGCUUAAAUUCAAUGUAUAAAAUGCCCUGACACGGCAAAUAGCUGUUAAUCAAAUGAAAUUUAAAUAAAAGAUGGAUACUGGAGGGCAAAUAAUAAAACUUCUGAGAUUAUAUAAUGCAAUUAGAAUACCGAUUCUUGUAAACCAAAUGAUCCUUAAAGUUUAAAUGGCUGUACUGAAGGAUACAUAGGCCCUAUAUGCAGUGUUUGUGAUGUAACUGGAAAAUAUUGGAUUGACAAUCGAUAUACUAAUUCUUUUAUUGAUACUGUAAGCUAUCUAUAAAACUAGAGCAACGACUUUUCAGCUAAUCAUUUGCAAAACAAUUAAUAUUUUAACAAAAAAUAAGGUUUUUAAAAUAAGAUUUAAUCAAUAAAAUCUGUGAAUUUACAAGACAGUCCUUCUGUAGAGAAUUAUUCUUAAUUUAGAAUAAACCAAAAAAAUAAUAUAGAUUCUAACAAACAAGAAAAUUAUCCAAAGUAAAUAAGCAGAAAUCACAGUUUAUUUUAUUAAGAAGAAUAAGUUAAAAAUAAAUCAAUAAUUUAAAAUGAGGAAGACUAAAACAUUGAUAUUUUUGAAGAAUUAAGCCAAUUAUAGUAAAGAAAAUAAAUUCAUGAGAAUACUUAUUAGCAAUAAAUUAUUAAAUACUUUAUAAUUUACAAAGGAAAAAAUAUAAGCUCUUUAAGAAGUUAAUAAAAUGAUAAUUUAGAAUUUGGAUAAAAUAAUGUAUAUCAAGAUGAUAGCAAUCAUAGAAUGUUUAAGAGUCCAACAAGAGAAAAUUAAUUGUAUUAUGAUGGCAACCAUGAAGAUUAAUAUGAUUAAAACUAUAAAUUCACAAGUGGCAAAUAGAGCAUUAAAAAAAACCUAAAAAUAAUAUUUACAUAUUAUUGUUCAUAUGGUGAUAGAACAAAUACUACAAUUCUAAAAUCAAAUAAGUUUAGAAGGUUAAUGAUAGAAUCAUAAAUAAUUGAUGAUGAUAAGAUAACUUAGAAAUAUAUUGAUCUUUUAUAUACAUAAUAUACGCAAAAUAAGACACCAAUGGAUUUUAACAACUUUUGCAAUAUUUUAGCUAAAAUUUCUUCUGAAAAAUACAAAUAGAUGCUUCCCGCUUAAGCAUUAAUAAAUGUAAUAGAUAAACAUUUUUGGGGAUUAUUUAAACAUAUUAUGAAUGAUACAGAGUUAGGAAAGGAUUUAAAGUAAUUUGAAAACCCCAUUCAUGAAAGUGUAAAAACUUCUGCCAAGCAUCUCUUCUUCAUAUUCAAAAGAAUCUAUUUAGCAUAUUUCUCUUGGGAGCCAACUAAUUCUUUUAAGCUUGCAGAUAAUUUUAAAUAAUCGAUGAAUGGUUUAUUUAAUUUUCUUAAAGAUUUUGAUAUUUUCCCAAACUUAAUGACCAAAUCAACUUCUUUCUUAUUAUAUGACUAAUUAGUUGAAACUAGCAGUAAUCAAAUACUAAGUAACAAUGUAGGAAUAAAUACAACAGUUGUAAAUCCUUUUGGUUACGAUGAUAUUGGAAAACUAUUUACAUUAAAUAAAUUUAUUACAUUUAUAAUCAAAACUUCAGAGAUAGCAUUUAGUAAAAUACCAGAAGCUCAAUAAUUUUAAAUGGAGCAUCCAAUUUAAAAAUUUAUUGCUCUUUUAGAAAGGAUGGAGUUGAGUGAAGGAUUUUAAAAUUUUGAAAAAAAAAUCCACUCUACUCAUAACUCCACAACAUCCCUAAUACUUCCACCUGAAGCAAUUAAAGAAAUUUUGGACUAGUAUAGAGAAUUAGGAAAUAUUCAGUUGGGAUAUUAGCACUCCAUACAUACCCCUCAAAAAGAAAUGACAAUUAAAUUUAAUGAGAGUGUUGAAAAGUUAAAUAAAAUUAGUCCUGUGAGUUAAUUUGAUGACUAAUAUACAAUGUCUAAGAGCCCAAUAUCUAAAUAAAAUAGAAAGUUAUAACUUUUAAUGAGCUUAGGUAUUGAUGAUAGAGCCUUAGAAGUUUUCGAGACAUAUUAGAGUGAAUUGUAAUAUACAUUUAUUUCAUUUUGCUAAUAUGGAGAGCCUUGCAACACAUAAUACUUAAAAACAAUAAAGCUAACAAAGCUAUUAAAAAGUGCUGGUCUAAUGAAAAAAAGAGAGCCUAUAAAUUAUGAAUAAGAAAGUUAACAGAUUUCUCCUCAAAGAUAUUCAAUCAGAGACAAAGAUGAAAAAUAUGUUGAUCAAACGUUCAUUGAUUGCCUUAUUGCUAAAUUAAUAGGACCAAAUUAAGUUAGGCAGUUUACUAAUAAAAUGAGUGAGUUUGAUAGAUAAAUCACUUCUCCUAAUAUUGGAUUUCUCAGCUAUUCCAGCAACAAAACAGAUAACAAUGGAUCUAAAGGAAAGCUUGAAUAUGAACAUUUUUUAAAAAUAAUAUAAGAAAUCUCAUUUUAACUUUAUCCUGAUUAAGAUAUUUAUGACUCUGUUAAUAAAGUUAUUCAAGAUAAUAUAUUGAAGGCGUAAGUAGACGAAGAUAGGUCAAAUAAUCGUAAAGUUUCUGAAAAUUAUUUAGCAUUGCAUAAUGCGAUUAUAGAAGAUAGAUAAAUAACUGACUUAAUGGUAGGUAUUCAUCCUAAUCUUAGUAGCUAUUUUAAAAGAUAUGCAUUCCCGAAAGAAACAAAAAUGAAUUUGGAUUAGUUUUUAUAAUUCUGUAAAGAUUUUGAUGUAUAUCCUAAUUUAAUGCCUAAAUCACAACUCCAUUACAUUUUUACUGCUCUUUCCUUCAUAUACAAGCAGUAGAAUGGUUAAAGUGAAUCAAAAUAGCACUCUAUUUAUUAGAAAGGAGAAGAUGAUAGCACAGAUUAUAUAAACCCUUAACUAUUCACAGAAGCAAUGGUUCACUGUGCAAUCGAAAUUUAUACUAUAGAAAAAGAAUAUGUCAAUAGGAUUCUUUUGUUGUUAGAAAGAAUGAAUAGCUCAAAUGGUCCAAAAAUAAUGUUGAAAUCAUUAGGUUUGACAAGUGCAAAGACUACUUAAUGGGAUUUGCUUGCUCAUGUUAGAAAAAGAUAUUAGUAUUUCUAUGACUAAAAAAUGAUGACAAGAAACUAACACUAAACCCGUUUAUAUUAAGAUUAAGAUUUAAAUAAUUUUGAUUAGCUUCUAGAUUUAGGAGUGAAAGAACAAAACAAAGAAUAUGUUAAUUUUUGA